CAGCUGGGAACCGAUUCAGUCUCUGCCGGCUCUCCACUCUGCCAGGGGGAGCUCGGCGGUGAGCACGCCGCAGCGCGCCCGCACUCUGUGGCCAGAGCGGAUUCACGCGAGGCUGCGGCCGCGUGAGACGCCUUUUCCUGGCAGCGAUCUGGGAAAGUCCAGCUUAACUACAGGCCGGUCGGCCGUUGUACGGGUCCCCCCAAGCUGCAGAAGGACGGCGAAAGGGGCCUGAAGCUGAGCUGAGCUCUCCCGGAGUGGGGCGAGCGCGCCAGGGCGAGGUGGGACGGGAGGGAGGGGUGUUGCGAAGCUCACAGCCAGCGGUGGAUUAUCCGGGACAGUUUGCGUCUGAGGGCUGCGAACUGAGCGAGGAGGACAAGGCUAUGCUCAGUGGUGGCGGCGGCGAUGCCCGCCUGGCUAAUGCCGCGGCGCGGGGGCAAGUGGAGACCGUGCGGCAGCUCCUGGAAGCCGGUGCGGAUCCCAACGGACUCAACUGCUUCGGCAGGCGCCCGAUCCAGGUCAUGAUGAUGGGCAGCGUCCGAGUGGCCGAGCUGCUGCUGCUCCACGGCGCGGACCCCAACUGCGCGGACCCCGCCACCCUCACCCGACCCGUGCACGACGCAGCCCGGGAGGGCUUCCUGGACACGCUGGUGGCGCUGCACCGAGCCGGGGCGCGGCUGGACGUGCGCGACGCCUGGGGCCGCCUGCCCGUGGACCUGGCUGAGGAGCGGGGCCACCGCGACGUCGUCCGGUACCUGCGCGCGGCCGCACGGGACACCGGAGGCGGUAGCCACGCUCACGCAGACGCCGCGGAAGGUCCCGCAGACAGUCCCAACCUAAAGCAUCAUUGAAAUCGUCGACAACAUAAUUUGAUCGUCGAAGUGUGAAAAUUUCCUACCAUCUUAAUUAAAACUAAA